AUGGCAAAGAAGAGUAGCAACCCAGCUGAUGCUUUCCGAAAAGCACAGAGAGCGAAAGAGUUGAAGAAGAACAAAGAAGAAAGGAAGAAAGUCCGAGAAGCGCAGACUGUCAAAAAGGAUACAAGGGAGUUGGAAGCGGAUAUCAGGUAUCUCAAAACCCAAACCGAUGCAUCCUCUAAGACUCGUCUAUCCGAGCUCGAAUCUGAACUCGCAUACAUCAAGAAGACCAAAGAAGCCUAUGUGGCUGAACAUCCCGAAGCCAGAGAUCGAGUCUUCGGAGUACGUAAAUCGAAAGAGAAUGAAGGUGGUCUAACAACAAGGGAAGAAUCUCAGAAACAUCUGUAUGACGAGAAUGGCAGAUUGAGAGAUCCUAAGAAAUCCGUUUAUUAUGAUCCGGUUUAUAAUCCUUUCGGGGUACCUCCUCCUGGUUUGCCAUAUAGAGAGAGGACUCCUGAUCAAGUAGAGGAAGAGGAGGAAUCAGAUGAGGAGGAGGACGAAGAUGAUGAAGAUAUCGUAAUGCCCGAGGGACCACCACCUCAAGGCGCCGAAGAAGAAGAAGAAGAAGAUUCAGACGACUCGGAUGAUUCAGAUGAUAUACCAUUACCUGAAGGUCCACCACCUCCAAAACCUACCGCUGUACCUGCACCACCACCUAUGCGAAUGGGAUUCGGUUCGAGUAUACCGCCUUUCCCACCUCCAAAUACAGGAUUCAGACCACCCUUACCUCGUCCUGUAGCUGUCCCACUACAUGCUCACUCACACUCUCAACCAUACGGGCAAGCUGGACCAAGUACAUUCCGACCACGACAUGUACAGCAUAAUCGACCUCCACCCAUGGUCCAGGACCCACUGAGUGAUGCUCCCACACAGACAUAUCAGGGACAUAGGAUUGCUCAGCAUGCCUUACCUGCUCGACCACCUUCUUCCAGUGCUACGGAUACCCCCGCCCCUACGAUAGCUGGUUCAGCUAUUGCGAGCACAAGUGAAGUGACUAAACCAGCUGGAGCAGGUGAAAUAUCUGCUGCCCCAGUAUUGAGAGAUCUCAGAAAGGAAGCGACAGUGUUCGUUCCUCGUGGAGUGAAGAAACGCAAGACAGGUCCCGGAGGAGGUAUAAUCAAUGCUGCUCCUGGUGCUGGAGAGAUAGAUGAAGAAGGUGAUGAGAGGAAGAGAACGGUACAGAACAGUGGUAGUGGGGGGUUGAUGAGUAAAUUGAAGGGUGUAUUGGGUGAUCAGCCGAAAGUGGAUGGGACCAGUGGAACGGGGGAGGGAGAGGAUGAUGAGUAUAAGAGGUUCUUGGAAGGAUUGGGUGAUCUGUCAUAG